GCUAUAUACCAUGCUCCAGUGAAGAAAUCCAUUCACUUCCACCAACUCUUGAAAGGUGCAGAAGACAUUUCCUGUCUUCCCAGAAAGGAAAGAGAUGAUUCUGCUGGCUGCAUUCCUGAGCCUGGCUGCUGUGCUGCAGCCAUCUACCGGACAGACAUCAGGUUUUGCUGCUCUGUCAACUGACAGGGCAGAUCAACAAAAGGAGAUUGUUGACAAGCACAAUGCCCUAAGGAGAGGGGUGAUGCCAACUGCUCGCAACAUGCUGAGGAUGGAAUGGAGUCCCACAGCUGCAGAGAAUGCCAAAAGUUGGGCAAAUGAAUGUACUUUAUCCCACAGUCCUGAAAGCAGAAGGACAACUACAGUGGGCUGUGGCGAAAAUCUCUACAUGUCAACUGCACCCAAUUCCUGGUCAGAUGCAAUUCAAGCCUGGUACAAUGAGGUGGGAAAUUUCAUGUAUGGCAUUGGGCCAACCACACCAGGUGCAGUGAUUGGCCAUUAUACUCAGGUGGUCUGGUACAAGUCUUACCAGAUUGGAUGUGCAGUUGCCUUUUGUCCUGAGAGUGAAUACAACUACUUUUAUGUUUGCCAUUACUGCCCUGUGGGGAAUAUCAAUACCUUAAUAAAUACACCUUACCAAUCAGGAGUAGCGUGUGGAGAUUGCCCUAAUGCUUGUGACGAUGGACUAUGCACCAAUCCUUGUACGUAUGUGGACACUUACUCAAAUUGUCCUGAUUUAGCAACGCAAUAUGGAUGUGCACAGCCCGUGGUCAAGGAAUACUGUCUUGCCUCCUGCCGUUGCCCCACUGAAAUAAAAUAACAGCCUCAGAUUCCUCCCUUCAUGGAAAUUCUUCUCUUUAAUAACAGCACCUUUCAGAAAAUCAGGGUCCCAUCUUGCAGCCCUUAUGUGUGUAGUCCUAGUGACUUCAAUGGGACUACUCAUCUGAGUGUAGGAUCUGGCCACUCAACUUAUGUUCUUAUCCUGUUUUAAUUUUUCUUUUUUGCUUGAAAUUCAGCAUCUUACAUGCUAGACUUAUAUAAUAUUCAAUGACCGAGAUUUCUUCUCCAUCAAUGUCAACUUCACUCUCUACAAAAUACCAUUUAAAGUACUAUCUAUCUAAAGAUCAGUUCCUGCCAAGAUAUACAUGUAUAGUCCUUAUUCUGUAAGUAAUCCCAUUGAUACAAUGGGCCAGACAUCUCCAUCUUCAUUCAUGUGCAGAGUCACCUUACCGCACAAGCGUUCCUGUUAUGCAACAGGAAUACAAGGGUUGUAAGGUCUUAAUCAAUGGGAGUAAGGGUAGCAGAACUGUUCCCACUAAAAGUACUGAGGGCUGGAUUCUGCCACACUUGAUCACAUGGAGUAGUAUCUUACUCUGCAAAUAAACCUAUGGACUGCAUUGCAAGGAGGACAUCAGAAUUUGGUCCAUUUAGAUUAAUUGGACUACUCCUAAUAUAAGAUACUACUCAGCAUGAAUGAGAGUGUCAAAAUCUGACCCUCAGUGAAAAAGGGCUCUUGGAACAAUGGGAUCAAUAAGUCUAUUCUUGAAAGUAAUUAUCACACAAGGAAGGAAGGAUUAUGAGAUAGGGAACUGUUCUUCUAAUAACAAAUAGAGAACUGUCACCUGAGUUACUUUUAAAUCAUUUGUCAUUUCUGUAUUACUCAUUAAAUUACUUGUUCAAUACUGCACAAA